AUGGAGCACCUGGAAUGGGUCCGGGAGGAUAUGGACCUGGAUGGGGCGGAAGACCCUAUCAUGGUGGACAUGGUGGUGGAUAUGGUGGUGGAUAUGGAGGAGGGUUUGGAGGUCGAGGACGAAAUCGUCGCCGGUGCUAAAGAUGGCAAUCCCGAUUCCGGUGGCUGUGGUAGUCUCCUAGAGCUUGUGGUACUCUUCUGCAUCCCGCGUGGCUUCGUCCGCGAUAUGCUGGAUCAAAUCUUUAUCUGGCUUUUAGACCUCCUCAGAGACUCAGUGGUAAUCCACUACUUAUCCUUUCAUAUGCAUGGCUUCGGUAUUGAUCUGACAAGUACACCUCUCCCAGAACGGCUGCCCCAACCCGUCACCCUGUGCCAGUUGGACAUCUUUGGCGACGUACCGAACGGCCUUCUUGGUAUAUACGACGUGGUACACCUCCGUCUGCUUGUUCUGGUGGUCCAGAAGGGUGACCCCCUCCCAACCCUCCACCGGGCGCAUCAGAUGCUCAAGCCGGGCGGCUAA